GAGAGCGGGUCGCUGAUCAAGGUGUUGGUAACGGCACCAGCAGUCAGCAUGCAGCUGCUGGUCUACUGUCUCGGAGCUCACAGCGUCCGGGAACAGGGUGAGCUGGUGUCCGUGGCUGCAUAUAGUUGUGGCUGGCCAGAUACCGACAUCAAAUUCCAGAGAGCAUUGCUCGUCGUCAUGGCUCGGGCACAGAAACCUCUGAGUCUCACUGCUGGCGGGGUCUACCCCAUACAGAGGGCCACCUUCCUUUCGCUGCUGAACGCUGGCUACUCGUACUACGCUGUUCUUCAGAACUUCACUGGCCGCUGAAGGCGCGCCGUCCGACAUCUACCAG